AAAUACCAAAGAUUUAUUGGAUGUACCAUGAAUUUAGAAUUUUUUUAUUUAUCAAAAAUUUACCCAUAUAUUUUUCUUUUUAGUGGAACUUUAUCGUUACAUCAUGCUAUCAGUGUAGGUGAUGUUAGUAUGGCAAAAUGUUUACUUGAAAAUAAAAUAAUUUGGGUUGAUGUCGAAGAUUCACAAGGUCGUACCGCUUUACAUUAUGCUGUUUUACAAAGCGAUAUUGGUCUCUUAUCGUUACUACUAAAACAUGGAGCAAAUGUGGAUGCUAUUGAUUAUACGGGAACAAGUCCUGCUCAUUUGGCUUGUGAAGAGGGUAUGCUUGAUGCGAUUAGUUUACUACUAUAUUACAAAGCCGAUAUGUUUGCGGUUGAUAACAGUGGAAGAACUCCAUUUGAUCGAGCUUGUGAGUAUGGUCGAGAAAAAGUCGUCGAACAAUUGCUUAAUAGUGGUCUUACAUGGAGUUUACUCCAAAAAGCGAAUGAUAAUCAUACGGCAUCGGCUCUUCAUUUAGCUUCAAGGAACGGUCACGUCCAGAUAGUUUCAUAUCUCAUUGAAUGUGGUUGGCCAUUGAAUCGUCUAACAUCACAAGGUAGUGCUUUAUUUGAGGCAGCGGCAUAUGCACGAAUUCAAGUUGUACGCUACCUUUUAUAUAUGGGUUGUGAUCCGACUAUUACAAACGAUUCAGGCGAAACUGCAGUUGAUAUUUGCAAAAAAACAUCGAGCAAUAAUCCAAUAACGUCUAAAGAGAUACGUUAUUUGCUGAAAGGUUAUCAUUAUCAUUUAUUAUCAUUAUCAUUUUCGAAUAGAAUAUCAAAUAAAAAAAUUAUGGAAUGA